AAAGAAAUGGAAAAUCAGACCACAGUGACUUAUUUUGUCCUCUUGGGAUUUUCAUACAACCCACCAGUACAGAUUUUCCUCUUUUUGACAUUUUUAUUUAUGUAUGCAACAACCCUGCUGGGAAACACAGUGAUUAUGACAAUAAUAGUAAGCAACGAUCACCUCCGGAGCCCCAUGUACUUCUUCCUGAGUCACCUGUCUUUCCUCGAUAUCUGCUUCUCUUCAGUCACUGUGCCAAAGUUGUUACUUAACUUCUGUUCAAGCCAGACAAUAUCAUACAGUGGCUGUAUUGCCCAGAUGUUCUUAAUCCUUCAGACAGGAUGGACUGAAGUUUAUAUUCUUUCAGCAAUGGCUUUUGACCGAUACACUGCUAUAUGCAAGCCCCUUCACUAUGUGCAAAUCAUGAGCAGAAUGUUCUGCAGAUGUCUGGUGGGAGGUGCAUGGGGCAUUGGAUACAUAUAUGCUAUGGUGAAUGCUUUACCUGUAUUAAAACUAACAUUCUGUGGUCAAAAUGUUAUCAGGCACUUCAGCUGUGAACACCCAUCUUUACUUGCUUUGUCCUGCACAGAAACUUUCCCAAAUGUGGUUACUUUCUUCAUUUCUGGAUCUACUAUAGUUGUUUCUUCAAUCCUAGUUAUUCUGUUCUCCUAUGUCCACAUUGUCUCCACUGUCCUGAAGAUGCAGUCAACAGAAGCGAAAAAGAAAACUUUCUCCACGUGCAGUGCCCACCUUAUUGUUGUGGUGCUAUAUUAUGCUACAGGCUCUUUUAGGUAUCUGCGGCCAAACUCUGCUUCUUCAAAAAUUCUGGAUGAUAUUUUCUCUAUCCAGUAUAGCAUUACAACACCCAUGUUGAACCCUAUUAUCUACAGCUUGAGAACCAGGGAAAUCAGAGAGAUCUUAAAGAAGUUAAUGGGUUACAAAUCAUUGAUGUCUCAUGUUAUGUAA